AUGAGUCUGCCUCAGCUUCCGAAAGAGUUGCUCCAAAUGAUUGCGGAGUAUUUGGUCUCUCACCGCGAGAUAAACCAUUUCUGCCAGACCAAUCGCGAGAUUUAUAAGAAACUAAUCGGCUACCUUUACUGGUACAACACGGAAUAUUACCGGAGCGAUGUCUUGCAGUGGGGAGCCAUUCACGGCCGCGCUGACGCCGUGCGAGCUGCCAUUCGACAUGGGGCGAAUGUCAAUACAUCGGCGAGGAUCUCUGGAACCACCCUACCAGAGCGAUAUCACUACUUCUGCCCUCUUCUCCAGAUGGAAAUGCGGGAGAUGGUUCAAAAUGGGGAACAGUUCGUCCUUCUCAACGGGGAUUCCACACCAUUACUACUGGCGGCUGGGGGAGGGUGUGAAGAUGUGGUCCAGGCUCUGCUCGAGGGCGGCGCAAAUCACAGGCACGGCGGGUCUAUCCGUAUGUCGCCGCUGCAUGCUGCCGCCGCUGGGGGCCACGCUGGUGUAAUCGAAAUCUUUUUGAAGAAUGCUGACUUCACGACCGAUGAUUGUUCGCGUGCGCUAGGAAUGGCUGCAACUUAUGGUCAUGUUGAAGCUGUGGAGACCCUGAUUCGCCACGGCGCUGACCACAAUGGUCCAUCCGAGCAUCCAGCUCUCAUUAGCGCGGCAAGACAAGGCCAUGUGGGCGUCAUUCGGACGUUACUGGAUCAUGGUGCUGACAUCCGGAUCAAAAACAAGAGUGCGCUUCUGCAUGCCAUUGAAAAGGAUCAUCCGGACGUGGUGCUUCUUCUGUUGGAAAGGGGUGAAGACAUCGAGUCACGCGAUUAUGAGGGCGUUACUCCACUGAUGCACUCUGUUCGGAUGAGGAGUGAGAAGGUCUUCGAUGUGCUGAUUGAACUUGGAGCAGAUAUCAAUGUGGUGGACGAGGAUAACCAGACGCUUCUUUGGUGGGCUCGCGAGAAAUACAAGUCCGGAGGCCCUGCAGCGAUACACAUUUAUUCGGUGUUGUCCUAUUUGGCCGGGAAAAGAUGA